AUGGCUUCAAGAUUCGGCGCGUCCUCGCUCCACCAGCGCGACUCCCGCAGCGCCUUGUUCGAGGGCUACACCGGCGACAACGCAAGGAGGCCAGUCAGCGCCUCGCCAUCGCGUCUUGGCGGGUAUGGCUAUGGCUACGCCGGCGGUAGUGCCUCCCCCGCGCCCACGGGGAGCCACCUCGGCGUCGACAACGGCGCCCGGGGGUUCCGCCCGGCGACGCCCAACUCGAGGGGUCAAUACAGCGAUGCAGUCCUCAACGAGCUCGAGAGCCAGAACGAUGAGCAGGUGGAGGGCAUCAUGGGCAAGGUCAAGAUGCUGAAGAGUAUGACGGUAGCCAUUGGUGACGAGAUCCGCGAAUCCUCCGCCCUCGCCGAGAAGAUGAACGACACCUUCGACUCGACCCGGCUGCGCCUUCGCGGCACCAUGAACCGCAUGCUGGUCAUGGCUCAGCGCACCGGCGUGGGCUGGAAGGUCUGGCUCGGCUUCUUCGCUGCUGUCUGCUUCCUCUUCAUGUACGUGUGGCUAUUCUAA